GCAGGUGAAACAGAUCCCACCCGGACCCUGCUGUGAGAUGCACAUUAAACAUGGCGGCCAACAUAGAGCAAAUUUUCCAAGAUUUUAUAUUGAGUAAAAUCAGAGAAAUCGAAGACCAGAAUGAAGACAAAUCUGCUGGUGAAGGAGUGGGUGCUGGCAGUGAGUUGGAUGGAGCACAGAAAGCCACUUCAGAGAGAGAGAAACAGGAAGACUUCAGGGGCAGUGGAUCACAAAAGAAACACAAGAAGCACAAAAAACACAGAAGUAAGAAGAAGAAGAGGAAUCGAGAGAAGGAGAGCAGUUCAGAGUCUGCUGCAGAGCUGGAGGGAGGAAUCAAACAUCAGCCAAGAAGAGGAACACCAACAGAGGUGAAUAAAGAGCAAAGUGAGGCUAAGAAGAGUAAAUCCAAAUGUCACAAGCGGCAUUCAACGGGAAAGAGGAAGAAAAAGAGGAGGAGGAGGAAAGGUGAAGAGAACUCGUCAGAUUCGGACUCAGAGUACGUGUCAAAGCAGAGGGAUAGUAAAAACCUGUCACCAAGGAGAAGAGAGGAGCUGCCUGAUAUCAUCCCCAAACAGGAUAGUUCCAAUAAAGGAAGAAGAGAUGAGGAAAGACAUGGCAGGAGGAGUUGUCGUCGUUCCCGUUCGCAGUCACAUUCCGAUCAUCGUUCACAUUCCUGCUCAGCGAGGAGGAGCUCACGCACACGGUGUCGACACCACCACCGAAGGUCUAGGACUCGCUCCUUAUCCAGUUCACGGCGCCACAGGACCUGGUCCAGCUCCUCUGAAAAGAGGGGAGCUUUGGAUGAAUCCCUACAGUUCCCCCAAGGUCCGUCAGAAAGCCUCCAGCCGCCUCAGCUGGCCUCCAGCCCCAGCCAGAGAGACAUCAAAGUAGAGGAGCUGACGGAGUCGAGCACAGCCGGGCUGCAGAGCCCUGAGCAGUGUGAGAAGCCAGCAGAGAAAAAAGAAGAGAAAGCAGAGGACACAACACAAAAACUAGCUGCAGGUUGUGGCACAUCCCAGUCCAGAACUGCUGAACCUCACCAGACCACAGAGCCCGGCUUCCCUCAGCUUAAAGCGUCCGAAGACCCCGCCACCAGUGUUAAAUCACCAGCAAAGAAGAAGAGGAAAGCACCCAAAUCCCCAGAGAGGGUCAAAGAAGGAAAGUCGUCAAAAAGGCAGAGGAGAUCCAAGUCACCGGGUAGGAGCCACAGGAGGGGAUCCAGAUCGAGGAGCCCUUCAAGGACAAGAUCACGAUCGAGGUCAGGAGGCCGGAGGUCGUGGAGGUCACGUUCACGCUCAGCGUCGCGGGGCCGGAGGAGGGCUACGUACAGCCAGAGAGACCGAUGGAAACGAGAGCCGAGUCACUCCCCUGUCCUCAUCCUCCGUAAAAAUAGAUCCCCCACCAGGAAGAACUGCAGUUCGAGUAACAGCCCUCAGCGCAUCAGUGAACUGGAUAAGGAGCAGUUGUUGGAAAUUGCCAAGGCCAAUGCUGCUGCUAUGUGUGCCAAAGCAGGUAUGCCCAUCCCUGCUGGCCUGAGGUCCACAGUACUUCCCCUGGCUCUGCCAAGUAUGGCCAUGAAUGCUGCGAUGGCCGGUAUGACAGCUGCCACCAUGACAGCAGCCUUGUCUAACAUGGGCACUCUGUCUUCACUGCUCUCACUGCCCUCCAUCACCAACAAACCAUCUCCUGCCGCUGCACAACCCAACAUUGCUGCCUUGGAGGAAGUGAAGAGGAAAGUAGCGAAGCAGGCCUAACAGCAUUAGAUUAAGGAAUUUACUGAUAAAUGCAAGAUGAUCGUGGACAGUAAAGGAGAGCUGCCAGUGGCAGUGCCUCAUAUUUCAGACGAAGAGGAAGAUGGGAAACCCUUUGGAGGAUCAGCUCUUCGCGAGCAAAAGGCCAUCAGCUUCAGCAUCAAUAACACUACAGUUCGUCCAGCAGUGCGCAGUGAUGCAGGCAUGGCCAAAGAGUUUCCUGUGUCCUCAGGAUCGCAACACCGCAAGAAGGAGGGCGAGGCGUUGGGAGCCUAUGGAGAAUGGGUUCCAGUUGACAAAACAGACAAAGUGGCAGCUGUGUCCAGAAAGGCCCUGACCACUGCUCCCGUAGCGCCAGCAGCCCCCUCAUCAUCGUGUGAAACAGAGGCAGAAGGAUCACCAGAGGCCGUCGAACAGCCGGCGUUUGGGUCCCUUAAGGACAGCGUUUUUCCUGACCCACUAACACAGCCUGUAGAUAUCUCUCAGGCUGUAACUGAGAGAAUCAAAGCUCAGAGGCGUUUGGCUGAGAACCCCUAUGACGUCAGUGCCAUCUGCAUGCUCAGCCGGGCACAGGAGCAGGUGGAUGCAUGGGCCCAAUCAAACACUGUUCCUGGCCUCUUCACUGGUUCAACUGGAGCCCAGGUCCUUAGCUCAGAGGAGCUGUCCACCAGCGGACCACAAGCAUGGCUGAAGAAGGACCAGUUCCUCAGGGCAGCUCCAGUAUCAGGGGGUGUUGGGGAGUUCCUCAUGAGGAAGAUGGGCUGGAAGACGGGAGAGGGCCUGGGGAGGAACCGGGAGGGUACCGUGGAGCCCAUCAUUAUUGACUUCAAGGUCGACCGCAAAGGACUGGUUGCUGAAGGAGAGAAGCCACAGAAGCAGACGGGAGGACUGGUGGUGACCAAGGAUCUAAUGGGGAAGCACCCGGUGUCGGCUCUUAUCGAGCUGUGCAACAAGAGGCGGAUAAUGCAGCCAGACUUUGUCAUGGUCCAUCACAGUGGUCCUGACCACCGCAAGAAUUUUCUUUUCAAGGUGACAGUGAAUGGUGUGGACUAUCAGCCCCAGACAGCCAGCCCUAAUAAGAAACAUGCCAAGGCCAUGGCAGCUACAGUUGCCUUGCAGGCUCUGGGAGAGGUUCCUGUUGAUGGUCCAGGACUCUACACUGGCCCUGUCUUCACUGCUGCUUCUACUGGCCCCCUGUUCUCUACAUAGACACACACACACGCACAGGAGUGGGACUCACAGAUUAUACAUAGCUCAACAGUUUGACUGUACUCUCACUUCAGUUUGAGGGACACAGAAAUUUCCAGCUGAUUAUUUCCACUCUGUUGACUUAUUUAUAUUCUAAGAAAUGAACAAAUAUGAUAGGAACACGACAGUGAGAACCUCGAGGAACACUGUGGCUUCAGAUGGCACAGAGCAUGUUUGAGUCAAAGCUACAAGUGACCAAUUUUAUACCUGAAAAACCACUCUUGUCAUUUUAAGGUCAUUUUAAGUCACUAUGUUUAUGACAGGGUGGCAAAUAUAUUUUUGCAAGAUUGUCAGGACUGGGAAAGAGUCUCCAUCUCAUAUUAAAAGUGGAUGGCAUGUAUGUAUGUAUCUAUGUAUGAUGACAUUUAUAAUAUAGUAGCAUUUCAGCCAGAUAAACAAAUACUUUAGUCUAACUGUAGACCAAACACAAGUUUCUCUGCAACAGAUUUGCUGUUUGUCGCAGCAAAGCAGAGCUUAGUCGGGCCGUUAAAUGAAAAGUUCUGUCUGUAAAUGACUGUGUAGUGUUGGUUCACAACUUUUCUGUUGGUCCUGAUAUUAUAUUUGUGGCCUGGCAUCCUUCUAAUGAAAUGUUUCUCAUACAAGACGCUGUUAAACUUUGUGGAACUGACCUUCUAAAAAUGCGUAAACACAGAAUAAAGAUUCUAUUUAUGUUAUGUUGUA